CUGGUGGGCUGCAGUCCAUGGGGUUGCAAAGAGUCAGGCACGACUGAGCAACUAACACUUACUUAAUGUUCUCGGAAUGAUGUGGUUUGUGAAAAAUUUCAAUUUUUUUUUUUUAAUUUCAAUUUUCUAUCAACACUUUCUAAGUGAAACACUUGACUAGCAUGCUGCUGCCAGGGCAGAGGGAAGACUCUGAACUCCCUAUACUACCAGGUUCAUGACAAAUGAUCCUCAAGUCCACUCGAGCCAUUCACUAAAGGUAUUUCUGCUAAACAAUUUAAAUAAGCUGUUAAAAGAUCAUGCUUACACAUUGGCAAUUUCAGUAGUUCUCUUUACUGAGGUCUGGGUAUCCAGCAAGGGCAAAGCACUUCCCAAACUUUGGAGACAGCUGGCUGGGCAGCUUAAUCCUCCUUUGAGCUAAGGAAAACUUGUCUUGGGCUAGGCUAUAACCUAAAGUGGUCCUCAGGAGAUAGAGCCCUAAUUUCUGCUUGAGUGGGAAAGCCAGGGAGUUUCAGAUUGGUUUAGUUCUGAAAAACAGACAAGGUUUUUCUAAAGAGAGGAAACAUAAAAUUAGACCAGACUAAAGAGUCAAAAAUCCAGGUUCCUAGUUCUCCCUUUGAUAUAUACUAACAGUGCAAGCCUUAACACUCUCAGAGCCUCAUUCUUCAUCAGCAAAAUGGGUCCAUGCCUACAUUACAGAACUGCUGCAAGGAUUAGAGACAGCAUGAAAACAGUCUAUACAAGAGUAAGGUACCAUUGAUAUUCUUAAGACCAGAGCAAUUGCCCACUUGAUCAGUAUUUUAAUUUUCACUUUGUUAACAGUAAAAUAAAACUCCUUUGCUUGGGGAAAUGCAAAUAAAUAUACUUUAUCCUGGUGAAUUCAAAAGAGAAAUCAAAGAAAUCUACAGAAAUAAGCAAAAUCCACAACUAAAUAGUCUACUUCAGAAAACCAAUGUUCAGCCAAAUAUUUGACAAUGUACUAUAGGUGUCCCCUGGCCACUUACACCAACAGCUAGAAACAAAUAUUCAUAACAGUAUGAUGGAAAAGCUGGCGAGAGUAAGAGUUCUAUAUUUGUACCUAUGUACACCUGAGUUUGUGGGUUUUCAAAAAUUAUUUUACCCAUUUCUCAAGCAAGAUUGUAAUAAAAUUCCACUUUACUAUCUCUUCUCAUGUAAAGUGUAAAGGGCUGUUGCUAGAAAUGAAAAGUAAUUUCUAAAAGAAAAUGUCAAAUUCAGGCCCUGAAUAGUGGGAUCUGCUGACCAAAGGGCAAGUCACACUCUGUAAGACAAAAUAUAUGGUCUAGAAAGUGAAGAUUCAAUCUUUUGCCAAUUCCUGCCAGUUGUCUUUGAAUGUUGGAAAGCUUACAACAUCAUUUCUUGUUGAAAAAACAAAGGCAGAUAAAUAACAGCUCUCGCAAAUCCUCCUGAAUAAAGUUUUUCCUGGGCUUUACCGAGAGGCAAUUCAAUUAUGACAAAUGAUAUAACACUGGCAACAGCAGGGAUAAUCCAAGUAGUUUACUAACAAAUCUUUACACACCUCGAAAUUCUUUCAAAUGGUUUAGCUGCUACCAGAAACAGCUGGUAAGUUCUGAAACAGCUAGUGUGAUUCUUUCCCUCAGCAUAGCACCAAGAACAGUUAUAGCUGGCUUAAAAUUUUCCAAAAAGAACGAAAAUUUGAAGAGCAUUGUAAACUCUUAUCUGAAGACACCUUCUAUUUGAUACAUCCACUGACUCUGUGAAGUGUUAAAAAACAACUGUGGGUCAACGGUAAGCAAAGAUGAUAUUCCUGAAGGAAAAUGUGAGAGCUCUAGAGUGUUCCAUGCACAAUUUGAGAAAACGAUAGCAUUACUGCUCUUGUAAGCUACUCAGUAGAACCUGCCCUAGCCUCCAGAGCAUCAGAGAUUAAUUUGAAGUUCUGAAGUCUGCUUUAAGCACGCACUUCUGCAUACCUGGAUAACCCCAGAACAACUUUCAGGCAAAGGCAGAGGACCAAACCGGAAGAUGGAAGGAAAUGUCGAAGAGGUCAGUUCUACCUUCUUCUCUAGGGCUUACUAAAAGUGUAUUUAUUUAAGCAAACAUUUUAACUUAAAAAGAGGAGAGAGAGAGAGAGAGAGAGGAGGAUGAGGACUAAACACAAAGUAAAAAAAAAUGUGGAAAUCAAAUGGUUCAGGAGUAAGAAUUUUCAUCCUGAACGAGGCUGCUGCAAAGAAUCACUAUUGUCAGCGAAUCCUGUUCACACACAGCCAAUACUCCCAGGAGCUGGCCAUUAGGCAAACGUAAGCCAUUCAGGACUUGAGGUAACAACUGCUUGGUACCCUGAGAGGUACCUUGGUACCUUUGCUCAACUAUCUGGAUGGAACAUGACAACCCAGGCCACACUUUGGGAAAGCAGCCCUCCCAAAUGCUCCAAACAACCUUUGAAGCAGAAGUUCUAAGGUUCCCAAAUAACUAUGUUAUAACAAGUAGAUGUUUACACAGCCUCUAGAGUAGUUAUUCAAGGUAUUUAUGCUGGAGGCUGCAUUGAUACCAAUUUCAAAUUAAGAAACUGAGGCACAUAAAGUUUGCUGAAUUUGUCAUAAACCACAAAGCAACUCAUCUGAAACAGGAGAGCUGAGAAGGAAGUUGAAGGUCUGGUUGAACAUUAGACAAACAAUAGACUCAGCAACAAAAUGACCAGUUUGGCCUCAUCUCAGGAUUUGGCUCCUGGCCAAGUGAACCAAGUCUGUGGUAGCACACACAGGAACAGAAUUUGGAGUUCCUAACUUUCAGUCCUGUGUUUUGCUCAGUAGGUAACCAAGGGACCAUUAACAAACUGAUUUUAUUCCCAACUUUUCUUAUCUAGGAAUGGAAAAGCAUAUGGGUCAUCCUUAAAUGAUGAGCUUUCCCCUUUACAAGUAAAAUUUCUGCACCUGGCACAGUACUCUCCUUAGUAGUUUCCAAAUGUUUAACUAGAUUACUUCACAAUGGAGGAUGAAUCACAAGUCUGAGAUUCUCCAUCAUUACAUUCUUGACAACUGAACCACAAAGAUAAGCUUUAAAGCCCCUUUCAGCUAUGACCAUUUACCUCCUACCAACUUAAGUGUAAGCUUUUCCAAACUGGUAUCUUCUCUUGAUCUGAAAAGUGUAAAGUGAAUAUGAGGUAGGCCAAGUCAACCUACAGCCAUGAAUCAAGUGUACUGAAUCUUUAUUUAGGAUAAGUGGCUCAUAUUUUAGAUUAAUAAUGUAUCAAAGGUGAUUGUACUUUUUGGCAAUCCAGUUCUAAGACUUAUCUCUAAGAACAUCCCAGGGACAAACAGAACAUAGUUAAAGCUCUGGAGUUGUCACUCUUACAACUUAAAAAAAUUACUAAUAGGAGGAACAGGACUUCAGUUCUGAAAAAACUUUGCUAUGAAGGCCAAAUACUUAGGAACGAUUUGACCAUCUGUAAUCAGCCCUGAGCUUCACCACAAGAUACCCUCAAAGAUAAAGUUCACUGCCCAGUCACUAUCUUUACUUCAGUCUACUUGGGCAUAAUUUUAACUGACUUUUUAGCAACAACAUUAAGCAACUCCUGAGCUAUGAAUCUUUCUGAAUUUAGAGUUCAAGCAGUAAGACAAAAUUGUUUCAUCUGCAAUUCAAGAAAAGAAUUUCACGUCAAUCUUCAAUCCUUAAGAAGGUGCUACAACUGUAAUAAAAGGUUGUUUAUUUUUUUCAAAGCAGGUUUUCCCUACUCUCUCAAACACCACACAUAUGAAGUAGCUCAAAACUGCAAUUUCUAUUUUGGGGGUCAUCCGGGAUCCACAGACGUGACUUUCAGUUACUUGGAAUUUCAAAACAGAGACUCCCUACUAACAAUGCAUUAGUGGCAAAAUAUUCCAUUUUGUUUCCUUUGUGGGAGAAAAGUUCUUUAAAUUGGAAAUAAUCUGUACUCUUAUAAAGAUUACAUUGGAAUUAGUUCUUUUUUUCCUUUAGGAGGGCGGCCAUUUCUCCAAAGGUUUUGGUAAAAGUUAUGGCUCAGAUUUCAAAAUGCAAACAGAUGUUCCUGAAGCAACCGAAAUGGGCCACUCCAUUUUUAUUCCCAGAACCGUGGCGACUCCCAAGUUACUUUGUGUCCCAACUCUGCAAAGGGCAAAACCCCAUCCCCUUUCGGUGUAAACUUUCAAGAGAAGUAGAACAGCACACUUUUGGAGUUUCCCAAAGCAGCUGGCAACGUGCGAGGUCAGGUCGUUCUGAGAAUAGGGGUUGGACAGAAGGAAUCUCGAGGGCAAGAGCGCUCAGAGAUUUGCACGUGCCGCGAUCUAGCUGGUCCCUGAGGAGAAUUAGUGGUUGCUACAGUAGGAAGAAGGCUGUCCCUUUUCACAGCCCUGGCCACGGGGUGGCCUUGGUGCAUGGGGGGAGACGGUGGGUGCGCCUGGCUCUCCGCCCUCGGAGCCUCCAGCUGACUGCCACGCCAAAGGGACGCGCGGCCGGAGCUGCAACCUCCACCCGCCCCCGCGGCGCCAGUCUUUGGAAUGUGGCGUCGCCCCCACCAUGCCCAUCGAAGUGGGGGUCCCGCUAAACCGGGCCUCGCCGCCAUACCCAGGCCGCAUGGGGGUGGGGAAAGAACUUAGCGGAGUUCGACCUCAGGAUCAGAGCUCCCGUGUAAAGAUUAACGCCAUCAAUGAACUCUUUAAUUGAGCUAUGGUAGGCGGGUCUGAUUGUGCUUCCGCACAGCUAAUCGUUGACGAACGGGGAAAUAUUGACAGCUGCCUAGCUGCUUGCUUUGGCCUUGGUGACUUUCAGAAGAAUAAGAUGUAAGCCCUGGCCUGGGAGCUGAGGAACAGGGCUGGAAAGAUGGUUCCCUGAUUCCCAUUUGACCUCCUCCCUGCUUGGAGGUGUGAAAACCAGGGUGGAGGCAGCCUUCCUGGCCCUUUAUUUGAAAAUGAAGCAGGUGUCACUAGUUAAAGGCCUCUGAUGAAAGAUUGGAAACAGAAGAAGGUGGCUUCUCCAAACCGACCACCACCAGCCGCCCUGGAGGAGGCCAAGAUCUCUGGCAUUUGUGGGAGCCCCCGAACAUCCCCUGAGCCUCAUGACCCUGGAGGUUCCCAGCCCCUGACCCCUUGGAUGGAGAGCCACUCAGAGGAGGAAGACCCUCCUGAGGCUGGCGGUGGCCUGGACUGGAAUGGUAGGAGUCCCCAGGCCCAGAGCCCAGGGGGUUGUUCCACAGAGACCAUGCUGGCCCGGAAGAAGCACCGCCGGCGGCCUUCAAAGCGCAAGCAGCAUGCUCGCUUUGGCAGCACAUACACAAAGCGCAAGCGACACUGGCGGCCCUACUUGGAGCUCAGCUGGGCUGAGAAGCAACAGUGGGACGAGAGGCAGAGCCAGCGGGCCUUCCGGGUCCGAGAAGAAUUGUUCGCCAAAGGCCAGCCCGUGGCACCCUACACCACCACCCAGUUCCUGAUGAAAGACCGAGACCCCAAGGAGCCCAACCUGGAUGUGCCCCAGUGGGCCUCCCACCCAGGCUCCAGCGGGGAGAGUGAGGCCGGGGACAGUGACGGGCAGGGCCGCGCAUGUGAGGAGUUCCAGCAGGAGGAUUUCUCUGAGGCCUAUGAGCGUCAUCUCCCCAAGAGCCUGCAGGGCCGCAGCAAGGAGGAGCUGGUGCGAGACUCUCUGGAUCUGGAGAGGCAGCUGUCCCAGGCCGAGGAGGAGGUGAGGAGGCUGCGGCAGCAGCUGCCGAGGCGCACCAGCGGUCACCCCUCUUGCCAGGUGGAGGAACUGGCCGCCGAGGUAGAGAGGCUCCGGAUGGAGAACCAGCGGCUCCGGACAGAGAACCAGCAACUUCGGCAGGAGAACGAGAUGUGGAACCGGAAUCGAGAAGGCUGCCGCCGUGGUGGGCAGCCAGGCCGCUAGGGGUGCCCCCCGCCCCAGCCAGGCUGACUCAAGGAGUGUACCCUCAGGCCAGCUGAGUCUCAAGGAGGCAGGUCUCAGUCCCCCUGCUCUCCAUGAGAACAGCCUAUACAGGCUCAGGCUUCUACCUUAUCAUGUCCACAAUUUGUUCUUGGAUGUCAUGUUAAUUUUCACAAAGGAAUUAAAUUAUUUUGGUGAGAUCA